CCGCUACCAUUCUUUCUCUCCGGUCUGGUUUGCUGUCUGAAUUGUGAACUCUCUACCUCUCUGCGUCUCUGCUAAUUUCUUUGUCGACCCAACUAAUCAAUAAAUGGUUUGAACCCAGCUUUUUUCCCAAAUUCUUAAGGAUAAUGGAAACCCUGAAUCUUCACCCCCUCUCAAGAUUCCCCUCAAAUGCCCAAACUAGAAUCUUUCAACUCAAAUUCAGCAAGGAUAUUCAACGCACUCGAAACCCCAAACCAACACGAAUUCCCCAUUUUCCCGUAAUUCGAUGCCACGGCGAGCACCACCACCAUCAUCACGAUUCAGCCCACCAUCACCAUCACCAUCACCAUCACGGCGAUGGCAGUGCGCCGUUGACGAAAGCUCAGGAGACGUUCCAUAGGUUUGCAGAAGCGAUCAAGUGGGCUGAUCUUUCUAACUUUUUGAGGGAAAAUUUGUCGCUUUGCUGUUCCGCAGCGGCUCUGUUUCUGGCUGCGUCGAUUUGCCCCUAUUUGGUGCCGAAGCCCGCCAUCAAACCAAUUCAGCACGCCUUCACCGCCAUUGCCUUUCCUCUCGUUGGGUUGCCUGCAUCAUUUGACGCUGUAAUGGAUAUCACGGGUGGGAAAAUCAACAUUCAUGUACUCAUGGCAUUAGCUGCAUUUGCAUCUGUGUUUAUGGGAAACCCCUUAGAAGGCGGGUUGCUAUUAGCCAUGUUCAAUUUGGCUCACAUUGCCGAAGACUACUUUACCAGCAAGUCUAAGAUUGAUGUCAAAGAAUUGAAGGACAACUAUCCUGAAUUCGCACUUGUUUUGGAUGUAAAGGAUGGGAAUGCCCCAACUUUUUCUGAAAUGAAUUAUGAAGAAAUUCGGGUGAACGAUUUGGAAGUGGGAUCAUACAUACUGGUAAAAGCUGGUGAGUCGGUACCAGUAGACUCUGAAGUCUUUCAGGGGAGCUCGACGGUUACUAUAGAGCACUUAACAGGGGAAGUCAAACCAUUAGAAAAGAAAGUUGGAGACGCCAUUCCUGGUGGUGCCAGGAACCUGGAUGGUAUGAUGAUUGUUAAGGCGAAAAAGGCAUGGAAAGACUCAAUGCUGAAUCGAAUUGUGAGAUUGACUGAAGAGGCACAGAAGAGUAAACCAAGGCUUCAAAGAUGGCUUGAUGAGUUUGGGGAGCAAUACAGCAAAGCAGUUCUAAUUCUAUCUGCUGUCGUUGCUUUGAUGGGGCCAGUGUUCUAUAAGUGGCCAUUUUUCAGUACAUCGGUUUGCAGAGGAUCCAUUUACAGGGCAUUAGGGCUCAUGGUUGCUGCAUCACCAUGCGCAUUAGCUGUGGCUCCGUUGGUAUAUGCAACUGCAAUUAGUGCCUGUGCGAAAAAGGGAAUCUUGCUAAAAGGUGGGCAUGUCCUAGAUGCACUAGCUGUGUGCCAGAACAUUGCAUUUGAUAAAACUGGCACCUUGACGACCGGAGAAUUUGUAUGUAAAGCGAUCGAGCCGAUACAUGGACAUGUUUGCAAUGGCAACAAACGAAUUCCUUGCAGCUGUGUCCCCAGCUGUGAGGAGGAAGCUCUUGCCGUGGCUGCUGCAAUGGAGAAGGGAACUACACACCCUAUUGGACGAGCUGUUGUAGAUCAUAGCAUUGGAAAAAACCUUCCUCUGGUUUCAAUCGAAAGUUUUGAGAAUCUUCCCGGUAGAGGUCUUUUUGCAACAAUAUCUACUGUCGAGUCAGGAUCUGGAGGUGGCGAACAAAUGAAAGCUUCGAUUGGAUCAGUGGAGUACAUCACUUCUUUGUUUAAGUCUGGUGAAAAAUCUAAAGAAAUCGAAGAGGCGGUCAGCACUUCUUUGUACAGACAUGACUACGUUCACGCGGCACUUUCAGUAAAUGAUAAGAUAACACUAUUUCAUUUUGAAGAUAAGCCUCGGGCAGGUUGUUUGGAUGUUAUAAGGUCAUUGCAAGACGAAGGAAAUUCCCACGUCAUGAUGUUGACCGGGGACCAUGAAUCGAGUGCUUGGAGAGUCGCAAAUGCUGUUGGCAUUAAAGAAGUUCACUGCAGCCUAAAGCCCAAGGACAAACUUUAUCACGUCACAAAAAUUUCAAGGGAUACAGAUGGAGGCCUUAUAAUGGUAGGUGAUGGUAUCAACGAUGCGCCAGCAUUGGCAGCCUCGACUGUAGGCAUUGUUCUAGCCGAGCGCGCCAGUGCAACUGCAGUAGCUGUUGCGGAUGUGCUUUUGCUACAAGACAACAUUUCUGGGGUUCCAUUUGUUGUCACAAAAUCACGGCAGACUGCACUUUUGGUUAAGCAAAAUGUUGCGAUUGCAUUAUCAAGCAUUGUUGUAGCCUCGCUUACAUCCCUUCUCGGCGUCCUACCACUUUGGCUAACUGUCCUCAUCCACGAAGGCGGGACACUACUCGUGUGUCUGAAUUCCAUCCGUGCACUAAAUGCCCCAACACGGUCACGGAGGCUCGUUCCCUUGCAACUCAUCGACAAAUUAAAAUCGCUGAUUAUGCAUCUGAAGAUGCACGGCACCAUUCGUGCUGCGCCGUCGCAAUGACACACCAAUUAUGGAUAAGGAAUCUUUGUCAUUACACACGAAUCAUCAAGCCAGUAGUGUUCGGAACGACUACUUUGAUCGAUCCUGGCUGACUAUGAAUGAACUUGUUCUUUAUCUUAAAGAUCUCUGCUUUCAGGUUGAAGCUUCCAAGCCUUUCUGGAGUCGAAAAAAAUUGUUAUUGGGGCACUAAUUCAUUCCCUUUAUGCUUUGUGAUGUUACAUCUGGGCAAUGAAUAUUCGGUUUGACACGAAAUUCCUCUUAUUGUUAUUUUACAAUAAAAAAGCUUCUGUUGUUAUAAUCAACACAGAUGUACGGACACAAAUAAUAUUAACAAGAUCCCUUGUGACUGAA